GGUAACAAAUAAAGCCUACUCACCUUUGUCUUUAAUGCCUAGUAGAUUUACCUCCAACCAAUGGAUACAAUUAUCGAAAUGCCUGCAGAGCCAUUGAAUUUCCUGGAGGAAAAGAUGAAGGAAUUUGAUUCAGCCUUGCAUGAAGUCCAGAACCAAGAAGCACAAGGUUCAACACCUCCUCAAACAACCAAACCUUUGAUACAAAGAGUUUCACCACUCUUACUCGAUAAGAUGGUGGAUUUUCAGAAAUGUUUCGAACCAAGGCUGGUAGCUCUCGGCCCUUUGCACCACGGUAACGCCAAGCUCCAGCGUGCCGAGCAGUCCAAGCUUAAAUUCGCCGCUCUCUUCGUGAAUGAGAACGAGACUAACCGUGAUGACCUGUUCGACAAGGUCAAGGCGGAGAUAGGUGAUUUGAGGAAGUGUUAUAACCCGGAGGACAUUGCUGCUUAUGACGAUGAAAUGCUGGCUUGGAUGUUGUUCGUUGAUGGUUGUGCAGUGCUGUGUGCUGUACGCUAUGAAAACCAACUUCCGUACAAGCUGCUUAAGAUAUUGAUUGGCUCAGCCAAAGAUCCCGAAAUAUGGGAAAAAUCAAUCACAGACUUUGUAGCUGAGAACCUUAUGACAAACAUAAAGCAGAAGAGCAAACAUGUAGCUGAUAAUAAAGAUUAUGCGCACCUUUUGGAGCGGUUACGUGACGAGCUCCUGACAGGGAAGGAAAUGAAGAUAGACAGUAGCGUGAUUGGUCGGAUGCUGCUGUCUUGCGGAGACAAUCGCAAACAUAGGAAAACGUUUCGAAGUGUAGCGACGUAAAAAUUUUAGUUUGGAUUCGGGUCGCUAAAUUGUGGCGAUUUAGAAAAUUGGAAGUUGAAAUUUGGCUUUAGAAUGAACCAGGAGUCGCCACCAAUCCUUUUUCUAGGUGUGAUCGGACACCUAUUAGAUUUUCUUUUAAAAAGACGAGGAAAAGGCCGAGUUGAGGUCUACGUUAAAAAUCAGAGAAAAAUUAGGGUUCGGGAGUC